UGCAUGCAUGUUUUAAUCUUGAUCUCAUCCUUGUAUGUUUGGAAAAAAAAGCAUUCUUGCCAUGAGAAUUCGUGAUAUUCAUUAAGUAAGUUUACCUAAUUGUCAAACAUUUGAAAAUGAAUAGUUUAUUAAUUGAGAUUAUGUACACACUGCGACACCCGCUCAUUGUGUUAUAGGCAGCUCCCGAAUGACAGUAAAUGCCCCACGGAAUCUUUGCACUGCACUCUGGAGCUUCGUGGGAAAUUAUUUGGCGGGAGGCUUUAACUCUGUGGGAACAAUACUUAUGACAUUACUUUAUUGACAGUUCUGACAGCUGGGAUAAAAUGCAGAUCAAUUUCGAUGUAGCUGCAUUCUGUUGCUACAGGCCGGCAAGUUCACGCGCGAUCUUAUAAAUUAGAUGCACCAAGUCCGUAUUUCACUUUAAUCUCGCUUGAGUCAUCGUAACGUCUCGAGGAUACAAAGAGUUGAGUUUUAUUCUUCAGUAAGCUGUUGUUACAAAGAUGUCUAUAACGUACAGACUUGGUCACUGGGUUACCGCCGACAUUAAAACCAUUUGCAGACAUGUGAAAAGCAUGCGCACGGCAGACGAAGUUACUCGACCCUCGCUGUUGGCCCUAAAAGAUCUGAUUGAAACCGACCCGGAGGUAAACAUGCUCUUCUCAGCCAUGUUCACCUACGAAUUUGAAGAUCCUGAUAUCCCUGAAAAUCCCAUCACAGACUACAUGGAUAUGUUACUGAAGUUUCAAGAAGUCAUUAGCAAACCACCCGGAUACACCGAUCCCCUCGGCAGUGCACCCAUCAAUCACAUUCUGAUCUAUGUGAUGGCGACUCCAGCGGGAACCAUGGCUUUCAUCAACGACAAAGUCAACAAAUGCUUCAAGGAUAUUCUCAACGACUGGGCGCAGCUGUUGAACCAUGAAGAUUCAAAAGAAGCCUUGAAUUCCAAGGAUGGAUGGUUGUGCCCGGAGUCAUUGGCGACAAUGCCCGAUUUCCUUGAGACGUACCAAGUCGAUUUAACCGAUCCUCUGUACUAUGGAUUCAAGUGCUGGAAUGAUUAUUUCGCGAGAAAGUUGAGGACCGACAAAGAUGUUCGUCCAGUUGCGAACAAGGACGAUCCUCUGACGAUUUGUUCACCCUGCGAAGCCUUUCCCUAUUUCAUCGAGAGAAACCCGCAGCUUCGUGAUGAGUUUUGGAUCAAAGCUCAGCCGUACAGCUUGCAACAUCUGCUCGAUGACGAUGCCUUGACCGAGAAGUAUGUGGGAGGUACCGUGUACCAGGCGUUCCUUGAUACAGCCAACUACCAUCGCUGGCAUGCACCGGUUGAUGGUAAAAUAACCAAGGCAUACAUCAAGGAAGGCGCCUACUACGCAGAAGCUCUCUCCAUGGGUUAUGAUCCAACAGCCAAUACCCAUUCGCAGCGCUACCUUUGUCACGUGGAUACCCGGGCCAUAAUCCACAUCGACACAGGAAACCCAGCUCUUGGUACGGUAAUCUUCAUCGCCGUGGGAAUGGCGGAGAUCUCCAGCUGUCCUAUUGAAGCAUACUACGGACAAGAGAUAAAGAAAGGCGAUCCUCUUGGUACCUUUUUGUUCGGUGGCUCGACCUACGUACUGCUUUUUGAAAAGCACGUGCAUGUCAAAUUUGCCGCCGAAGACAUCCCCGUUGAUAAGUGGCCAGAUACUCUACAAUUGGUAAACAGCGAAGUUGGAAAGGUUAUUGGAAGACGUCAUCCACAUCAUCAUCAUCAUCAUCAUCGCUGAUCUCAAAACACGGAACAGUUAAUGUCAUACCAUAACAAACAUAUUUAGCUUUCACUGCAAAAUUACAUUUAAUUUUCAUUAGCGUGCAUGCGAAUGAAUAGAAUUAUAGACUUUUGGUUAAAUUUCAGUUUCUGAUCUUCGAUUACUUAUAACUGGUUCAUGCUGUAAAAUAUCUGAAAUAUAUUCAACAGGUAUUAAUAAAAUUACA